ACGAAGCCCAGAGCUACCAAGUUGCUAGGAACUGGGGCUGGUACAGAUGCCCACCGAAGUCCCACACUCUCCUCGCCUAAACGAGCCUUACGAUCGAUGCAGAAGGUGAUGCUCCGGUGGUCGGUCUGAGCCAGGGACUUGAGUGCGGCGCGCAGACAGCCAAAGCGCCUGAAGCCGGACCGCAACAUCGCCGUGUAAACUUCCAGUUUCAGACCCCAGGGCCUUCUGGCCCAGGCUAGAACUUGCCGUUCGCGACCCUAACCCGUGAAACUCUGGGAGUUGUAGUCCAUCAAGCGCGGGCUCCAGUAAGCCUACUGGUGUUUUGAAACCACAGUUCCCAGAGAUCGUCGGGGCGGCGCCUCUGAGACGCGUCUUCUACUAAACCCGCCCGUGCACGCCAGUCGCCUCCAGGCUCUCUGAAGACUAGCCCGGUGCUUCUGGAGUUUGGAUGGUUUUGGAAGUCAAGAGCUGCUUCUUACACGUCCGGUUAGCUUCAGCCUCCUACUGAGAGGCCAUGCCGAGACCCCGGAAGAGGCAGACUGGGACUGCUGGUCCAGACAAGAAGAUAUCCGGAAAACGUUCUAAAACUGAAAGCUCAGAAAGUACAUCAGUUAAGAUAGAGAACUCUAGCCUUGAGAAGACUACAACCUUUAAAAAUGGUGGCAAGAAUUUAAGCAACUACUGGCUGAUGAAGUCAGAGCCAGAAAGCCGGCUAGAGAAAGGUAUAGAUGUGAAGGUUUACAAGGGCUGGAAUUAUAGGAGUGCACCCCACACCUGGCCCUGCUUGUUCAGCAUCGAGGAUCUCAAAGCACAGCCUAAGCAGACAGCUUGCUGGGAUGGUGUUCGAAACUAUCAGGCUCGGAACUUCCUCAGGGCCAUGAAAUUGGAGGAUGAAGCCUUCUUCUACCAUAGUAACUGCAAACAGCCAGGCAUCGUUGGACUUAUGAAGAUUGUAAAGGAGGCUUACCCAGACCAUACACAGUUUGAGAAAAGUAAUCCCCAUUACGACCCAUCCAGCAAAGAGGACAACCCUAAAUGGUCGAUGGUGGAUGUACAGUUUGUUCGAAUGAUGAAGCGCUUCAUCCCCCUGGAUGAACUUAAAACCUAUCACCAAGCCCACAAAGCUACUGGCGGCCCCUUAAAAAGCAUGACUCUCUUCACCCGCCAGAGACUUUCAGUUCAGCCUCUGACUCAAGAAGAGUUUGAUUUUAUUUUGAGCCUGGAGGAAACAGAACCAAGUUAAUCAGAAGCCUGUACUGAUGGAGUGAACAAGCCAAGAUUUUAUAAGACAGAAGGAGAAAGCUUGCUGUAUCCACUUGGGAUCAUGUGCCCCAGUGAUUUGUUAAUUUUUCCAAUAAAAGAUUUAAUGACAA